AUGCCUAACAUCUUUGAUUGGCAGCUAGUUGGCAUAUUCGUCGAGAUUAAGAAGUAUCUAAGUAAUAGGAUCACUUAUCUUCACAGGGAUGUUAUGAACGUUCAAGAUCUUGCAGAUCAAUUGAUUUUCCGACUAGGAAAGGGGCCAUUUAGUUCAUUCUAUCCUUCGUUCGAGGGCUUACAGAUUAUCCUAUUCCUCGUGUAUAAUGUGGUGUAUAAUGUGGCCGGUGGCCGACUAGCUGCGGGUGAAUUGCGGCUAAUUAUCUUUCGUCAGAAGGGCCGUGGAGAUCUUGCCAUAUAUUUCGUCUAUGGUAAAAAUGUUCAAAGGCUUUCUUUGUUUUUGGGGCCUCAAAGCUCUUUUCUAGAUUUGCAGACACUCCCACAUCGACUAUUCACAUGGCUUCAGCGGGUCUUCAACUUGGAAGACGAGGGGGAUAGGAGACAUAGAAGAGCAAAAUAUGGAAAUAUGGUGGCUGACUUGUUGGAACUAGCCCAACAAACUGGGGAAGAGCCAGUCGCCAUGUGA